CAGGCUGGCGCAGCGUGGCGUGUUGCGCGGCUGGCGUGGCGCAGGGUCGGCGCCUGGAAUGUCCGCAGGAGCUCCCGGAGGCGGCCUGCCGAGGUGGCGGGCCCGUCGCCGCGCGGGGCCGCGAAGACGGCCGACCUCGGCCAGCACCAGGCGGGCGCGACUCUCGUCGUGAAGCACCUCGCGGAGGUGACGAUGUCCGUCUUCGACCUGGUCGCCCACGGCAUCUUCGCCCUGAGGGCCGUGCGCAGCGUGUUGGCCCCGAAGCUGCCCAGGCCCGAGAUGCGUGUGCCGGACGUCUCGCUCGACCAGGUCGCCGGCAUCGGGUCGGCCAAGGCGGAGGCCCUGGAGAUCGUGGAGUGCCUCAUGGCGCCCGCGAGGUUCAUGGGCCUCGGCGCUAUAUGCCCGAAGGGCCUCCUCCUGACAGGGCCCCCCGGCUGCGGGAAGACGCUGCUGGCCCGCGCCAUCGCUGCCACGGCCGCCGUGCCGUUCAUCUCCCGCUCGGGAGCGGACUUCAACCAGAGGUACGCCGGCGCUGGCUCCAGCCUGGUGAAAGAGCUGUUCCAGGUGGCCGCUCUCUUGAGAAGGGCCCAGUGA